CCUCAGUGUCAAUCUUUUUUGACGUUGGCCAAGCCGACGACGCUGCGAGAGGGUCGUCGUGCUGCUGAGAUGACGACGGUCCGGUUUCCGGGAGAAGAUGCAGGUCUGCGCUGCGUCAGUGCGUGUCUGCGUCGAGAAGCAGGUCGCGGCGGGGCUGCCGGCAGGUGGCGGCCCGCGCCCUGAGGCGAGCUGGCGUGCUCCCCACGUGCCCGCUCCUUCGGUUGGGUUUAUGAUUGGCUGCGCUCGUUCACAUUCGAAAGAUGGAAUUCGUCUUCCAAGGCUGAAGAUGGUGUACAUUUGGGGGUACAGAUGAGCCUUCGGAUCGGGUUUUUACCCACCUCUGAUAACACGACGACGCGGCCCGAGUAGUUAUGGUCAGUUAUGGAGAAUAACCAGGAAACUCAUCCCAAAAGGGGUGGUGAAUUGGUUUCUGAUAAAAUAAAUUGUAAAAUAGAAGAGGAAGAUGGUGUUCGCAUCCCUAAUCACAGUUUGGAAGGAGUGGCGUUUAAGAGUGAGCAGGACAGGCCCGGGACAGAGGGAGGUGGGGAGCAGACAGAGUUGAGGGAGGCGGGCGGGGGCUGCGAGCCCCCCGGGCAGUGCCUCCCUGCCGACCAGGAGGAGGAGUACGGGGCUCUGUUCUCCCAGUACAGCAGCACGCUGUACGAUGUGGCCAUGGAGGCCAUGACGCAGAGCCUCCUCUCGGGCCGGGGCGCGGGCUCCAGGAAGAAGUCGCCGGCCUGGAAGCAUUUCUUCAUCUCCCCGCGGGACAGCACGAAAGCCAUCUGCACGUACUGCAUGAAGGAGUUCAGCAGAGGGAAGAACGAGAAGGACCUGAGCACCAGCUGCCUCAUGAGGCACGUGAGGAGGGCGCACCCCACCGUGCUGGGCCAGGAGAACGGCGGCGGGCCGGCCCUGCCCUCCCUGUCGCCCCCGCCCCUGCGGCUGCCGCCACAGCCCGCCGAUGCGGGUGACCUGGGCGCCGCGCUCUCGCCCCUCAAGCUCGCCCCAAAGUUGGCGUCCAAGGUCCUGCCCCCCGACGACGUGACGGAGGAGCCUGUGGUCCCCUCCGAAGACGUCCCCCCCGACACAUCUGCCCCUGACAGGUACGGGCGGGAGGAGGCCCUGGGGGGGCCGCCGCACCUGCCCCCGCUGCCGGGCGAGGAGCGUGUGGAGAACGGGCUGGAGAGAAACCCCGCGCUCCCCAAGGGCACGUCCGGGUCCCGCAGGCGGUCGGCUGUGUGGAAGCACUUCUACCUGUCGCCACUGGACAACUCCAAGGCCGUGUGCGUCCACUGCAUGAACGAGUUCAGCCGGGGUAAGAACGGGAAGGACCUGGGCACCAGCUGCCUCAUCAGGCACAUGUGGCGGGCGCACCGCUCCAUCGUGCUGCAGGAGAACGGCGGGGGCUCGGGCAUCCCGCCCCCGUACGCCGCGCCCCCCACGCUGCUGCCCGCCCUGCCGCCUCCCGAUGGAGACCCGAGCUCCGUGGCGUCCUCGCCCGGGAAGCCGGCCCGGGCAUCCCCCUCGGCGUCCUCCUCGCCAGAGCGGCUGCCCGAGGAGCUGCAGGUGCGUCUGAGCGCCGGGGACGCGCUGGCGGAGGACACGGCGCUGUCCUUGGACGACGUGGGCGAGGCCUCGCUGGCAUCCUCCCCCGAGAAGCCCCAGGCUGGUGGCCUGAGCCCCGGCCUGCUGGACUAUGGCGCCGGGUCCCAGCAGAACAGGAAGGUGAUGAAGAGGCUCAAGUCGGAGGUGUGGCAGCACUUCUCGCUGGCCCCCACGGACAGCCUCAAGGCCGUGUGCAGACACUGCGCCUGCGUCAUCAGCCGGGGCCGCAGGGGCGACGUGGGCACCAGCUGUCUGAUGCGGCACCUGUACCGCCGGCACGCGGACGUCGUGGGCGCCCCAAAGAGCGCGCUGGGCGCCAGCCUGGCCAGCUCUCCCUACGCCACGCUGGCCUCCGCGGAAGGCGCCCCCUCCAGAUUGCCUGCCCUGCCCACCGUGGUCACGAGAGACGACCCGGUCCUCUCUCCCGUGAGCAGCAAGAAGACCUCCAAGCUGUGGAACCACUUCUCCAUCUGCCCCGCGGACCCCACGAAGGUCGUGUGCCUGCACUGCGGCCGCACCAUCAGCAGGGGCCGGAAGCCCGCCGGCCUGGGCACCAGCUGCCUCCUGCGCCACCUGCAGCGCUUCCACAGCGGCGCGCUCAAGGCCGACGCGCCCCGGGCCGCCCGGGCUUCCUCGCCCGGCCCGCGGGGGCCCCUGAGCGCCCACCUGCCGGGAGCCGCCUCCUUCGAAGACCCCAGUGAGAAGUUCUACGAUUCUCAUCCCGUUGCCAAAAAAAUCACGAGUCUCAUAGCUGAGAUGAUUGCACUUGACCUCCAGCCAUACUCCUUCGUCGACAACGUCGGCUUUCACAGGCUGCUCGGACACUUGAAACCUCAGUACUCCGUGCCCUCCCCGGCCUACUUCUCGGGGACGGCCAUCCCAGGGAUGUACAAUAACGUGAAGCAGAUAGUCCUGUCGCAGCUGAAGGAGGCGGAGAGCGGCGUGGUCCACUUCACGUCCGGGAUCUGGAUGAGCACCCAGACCCGCGAGUACCUGACGCUCACCGCCCACUGGGUCACCUUCGCGUCAUCGGCCCGGCCGUACCGCGAGGACCACCACGGCUCGGCCCUGCUGGACGUGUCGCAGGUGGACUGCGACUACAGCGGCAGCAGCAUCCGGAAGCAGCUGGAGGGCUGGUGGGAGGCCUGGGUGACGUCCACUGGCCUGCAGGUGGGCAUCACGGUCACCGACAACCCGAGCAUCGGGAAGACGCUGAGCGAGGGGGACCGGGCCAGUGUGCAGUGCUUCAGCCACACGGUCAGCCUGGUGGUCAGCGAGGCCCUCAAGAGCCAGCGCAUGGUGCAGAGUCUGCUGAGCACCGCGCGGAAGCUGUGUGAGCGGGUGCAGCGCUCGCCCCGGGCCAAGGAGAAGCUGGCGGAGCUGCAGAGGGCGUACGGGCUGCCGCCACACCACCUCCUGCAGGACGUCCCGUCCAAGUGGAGCACGUCCUUCCACAUGCUGGAGCGGCUCGUCGAGCAGAAGCGGGCCGUCAACGAGGUGUCGGUCGCGUGCAGCUUCCGGGAGCUCAUCAGCUGCGACCAGUGGGAGGUGAUGCAGUCCGUGUGCCACGCGCUGAAGCCCUUCGACGCGGCCAGCCGGGAAAUGAGCGCGCACGCGUCCACGCUCAGCCAGGUCAUCCCCAUGAUUCACAUCCUGAACCGCAAGAUCGAGAUGCUCUUCGAGGAGACCAUGGGCAUCGACACCAUGCUCAAGUCCCUGAAGGAGGCCAUGGUGAGCCGGCUGGCCGCCACCCUGCGUGACCCGAGGUACAUCCUGGCCACGCUGCUGGACCCGCGCUACAAGGCCUCCCUGUUCUCGGAGGAGGAAGCGGAGCAGUACACGCGGGACCUGAUCCGGGAGCUGGAGGCGCUGAACCCUACCUCAGAUAACACACCCGUCCCCAACGGCUGCGAUGCGGGCGCCCCCUCGCAGGGCGCGGUCGGGGAGGAGAACCUGUGGUCCCUCAUGGCCAAGAUGACGAAGAAGGGCCCCCGGGAGAAGACGAAGGUGCCCGAGGACAUGGUGCUGGCCUACCUGGAGGAGGAGGUCCUAGAGCACGGCUGCGACCCCCUCACCUACUGGAACCUGAAGAAGGCAGCCUGGCCGGGCCUGGCCGCGUUGGCCGUGCGGUUCCUGGGCUGCCCGCCGAGCAUCGUCCCUUCCGAGAGGCUGUUCAACACACCCACAGAGAACGGCAGCUUCGGCCAGUCCAGGCUCAUGAUGGAACAUUUUGAAAAACUCAUCUUUUUGAAAGUGAAUCUUCCCUUGAUAUACUUCCAGUAUUGAAGCUCGCAGUGGAGCCGUCGCUGCCCGGGCGCCCGCUGUCUGUCCCGGGGAGGCGGCGGGCCCCCCCCGGCCCCGUCCAGCGUCACUGUAAUGCCUACGUGUGCCUUACUCCCGGUGCCACAGCCGGGCGUCGCCGCGGGCCUCCCACGGCCCGCACGGGAGAGCCUGUCUUGCCACCACCGGUGAGAUACGAUGAUUCGGGUUUCACUCCCGACCGUAACAUGUUUUUUAGAAGUGGGGGCUUAGUAGUUGGUUUUACUAGAACGGCAGAGGAGACGUGAACAGUUUUAUUCUGUAGGCUUUUUAUUCAAUUAUGUAAAAACCACAAUUCAGGUACUGUAUUUUAGUUUAAGAAUUGCUUUAAUUCAGCAGAGCAGCUUUUGUAGCUGUUCCAUGAAAUCUGUAAAUAAGAGGGGGAGUUCAAGCCAUCCCGGCUGAGCAGUUUCUAACUGCAGGCUCUAAAGCAUGUCGAGUACAGAAUGUUCUGGAACAUAAGUGUUUGCUGCCACGGAGGUGCGGUGUCGGAAGAGGAAUGUAAACUCAGACGCGCCCCACCGUGCCGGUUCUGUAAUGACUUGGUAAAGAGAGCGUCCCGGUCUGUGCUUCUGCUGCAUUCAGGUUUUACGUGGUCGACCUCGGUCACGAGCCCCGGACACCUGCUGUCGAGCCCACGCGCCAGGGGCCACGCACAGCAGUCCUGCCGAGGGCGCCCGACCCUGGGACCUGCUGUCUCGACACCAGGAAGCUCUCUUUUGAAAUUUGUGCACUGACCCCACUGACCCCAAUUUGAUCAAAUUAUGUAUAAAAUUGUUUUUAGAAGAGACGGCUCAUUAACGGGGAGGAGUUGUCCCAUCGCAGUUGUAAGAGUAGCCUUAGGCGUCUAGACAUUUUAUAUAACAGGGAAGGUUCAGCCAUCGCUGGCGUGUUUCAGAAUCCCAAGGACAGCAGGAUGAAGCGUCUGUCAUUCUUGGAACGAUGAUCUGUCUUCAGAAGUUUUGCUUCAACAUCUAGAAAAAAGGGUUCAUUUUCUUAUUUCAAACCAAUUAAAUACUCUGGAUGAAACAAGUCACUCAUUUGCCUGUGACCUUUUAGAAAAGUUGUUUUGUUAAAAAAGGACCUAUUAUUAAUCUGGAUUUGCAUUGACUAUGUUUUAGUGUAUUUAUAAAUGGUGAACGCAGUUUCUGAAAUU